AUGAUGGAAUAUCAUGAAAACCAUCGUCGACAUGGUGGUUUCAUUAAGUUUCUUAAUGAUUUUCGAGCACUUUUUAUCAAAACAUUUCUUUUAACUAUACGAAAGCCUGGUCAAACAAUUGUCGAAAUUUUAUUAGCUUAUACAUUUAUGGGUUUUCUACUUGGCAUGCGUUAUAUUCUUGAUCGUCGUUAUUAUCCUGCUUAUCAAAUACCUCCUUUCUAUCCACAAGAUAUGUUAUCGAUUACUGGCAUUGGUGAUAUCAUCUAUUAUUAUCCAGGAAACCUUUGUGCAACAACUAUUGUUACUAAUGCUAUGAAUAAUCUAAGAAUCCGAUGGUCUAAUUUUCCUAAUAAUACUCAAGUCGUACCUGAUCCUACGCUUUCAACAUUGUCAAAUAAAACUUUACAAUCAAUAGUUGCUUAUAUUCAAUUUAAUAAUCUUGAUUCAUGUACUGAUCCAUCAACAAUGCCAAAUGAAGUUAAUUAUACUUUACGCAUGCAAGAAAAUGGUCCAUAUUAUUAUCAUGCUCAAAGUGUGAAAAUUUCAGAAAAUGAUUAUCUAUGGAAACGUUCUCUUGAAGAUUUUUGUCAAGAUAAAUCAAGUUCUGACUAUUAUACUUAUCGAUUUGUGGGUAUUCAAUACUUUAUGGAUUUAUCAAUUAUUCAAUAUGUUACAAAUACUUCUCAAAAUUUAUCAUUUAGUAUUUUGAUGAAUCAUUUUGGUUGUCCAGAAUAUUAUCUUGAUCAAUUACAUUCAGUUUUUGGAUUUUUUAUUCCAAUAUUUUUCUCGAUUAUUUUUCUUAUUACUUUUAUUAUGAAUGUUGGUUAUAUUGUUGAAGAAAGACAAAAUAAAACGAAAGAAUAUUUACGUAUUUAUGGUCUUCGUACUUGGAUCAAUAAUUUAGUUUGGAUUACACGAUCAAUGUUAAUAUUUUUUAUUCUUACAUCUGUUGUGACAGGAUUAAGUAUAAUUAUUUUACCAACAAGUGGUUCACGAAGAAAUAGUGUUCGUAAGGCUAUAUUUAAUUAUACACAUUGGACAUUGAUUUGGACAAUUUUAUUUGUUUAUUCGAUACAAGUUUCAAGUUUUAGUGUUUUUUUUGGACAAUUAUUUAAACGUCCAUUUCUAGCAAAAUUAAUAAGUUUUGUUGUAUGGAUAUUAACAUUAAUUGAUUUUUAUCCUGGUGUACCAGUUGGUGUUCGAUAUUUUUUAUGUUUAUUUCCAAAUACUGGUCUUAUGUUUUGCUUACAAGUUAUUUUACAAUAUGAACGAAAAAGCAAUGGUAUGACGACAUUUGAACAACUUUAUUCGAACCUAUUUACAUAUCCAUUAUACAUUGGUCUAUGUCUUCUUUUAAUGCUUAUCUAUUCGGUAAUUUAUUUUUUCUUAGCAAUUUAUAUUGAACGUAUAAAUCCGGGUGAAUUUGGAGUUUCACAAUCAUGGAAUUAUCUUUUUAAAAAAUCUUAUUGGAAACCUCAUUCAACACCAACUGUGCAACCAUUUGAUAAUAAUGAUAGAUUAACACAUAAAAAAGAUGGAAUUUAUGGUAGUGAGUGUUGGAUUGAAUUAAAUUCAAUAAAAAAUACAAUUAGUCCAUCAUUAACAAUAUCACAUUUAACAAAAAAUUUUGGAAAAUUUCAAGCAGUUUCAGAUUUAUCAUUGAACUUUUAUAAAGGUGAAGUAUGUUCAUUAUUAGGUCAUAAUGGUGCAGGAAAAACAACAACAACAUUUAUACUUGUUGGUAUGUUAGAACCAACAUCAGGUCAUGUAACUAUUGAAGGAUUAAAUAAUCGAACACAUAUCCAAGAAGUUCGAAAAAUUAUUGGAUUCUGUCCACAAUGUGAUAUUCUUUAUAAUGAUUUAUCUGUCGAAGAACAUUUAGAAUUAAUCGGAAAGAUACGUCAUAUGGAACCAAAAUUCAUGAAUGAAUCAAUUGAAACCAUUCUUAAGCUCAUUGGAUUAGUCAAUGAUCGAAAGACAUUAUCGAAGAAACUUUCAGGUGGUAUGAAACGUCGUUUAUCCAUUGGUAUAUCAUUAAUGGGUGAUCCAAAAAUUUUGAUUCUUGAUGAACCAACAAGUGGCAUUGAUCCAUAUAAUCGUCGUUUAAUUUGGACAAUAAUUCGAAAAAUGAAAGAAGCUGGCAAAUGUAUUAUUUUAACAACUCAUUUUCUUCAAGAAGCUGAUGUUCUAUCAGAUCGAAUUGCUAUUAUGACAAGUGGACAGCUUCAAGCAAAUGGAACACCUAAUUUUCUUAAAAAUCAAAUAGAUUUUGAAUAUCGUUUAUUUAUUGAAAAAAAUGAAACAUAUCAAAAUGAACGUAUAACUGCAUUUAUUCAAAAAUAUAUUCCAACAAUAAUAUUAGAACGAGAAUCAAUAUCUGAAAUGAUUUUUGGUAUAAAAAGAAGUGAAUCAAAACAUAUUGGACAAUUAAUUCAUGCCUUAGAUGAACAAAGUAAAGAUAUUGGUAUUGAAAGUUACGGAUUAUCAAUGACAACAAUUGAAGAAGUCUUUUUAAAAUUAAUUCAAGAAGCCGAAACAGAAAACACUACCCAACACGAUCAAACUAAAUUACGACAAGACUUAGCAAAUAAAAUUUUUCGUACUGAAUAUAACCGUGAAAUAGGUGUACGUCGAUUUUGGUUUCGAAUUUGUGCAUUAAUUAUAAAACGUUGGCAUGUUUUACAACGACAAUAUAUUUUUUUAUUUGGAUUUUUUCUAUUUCCUAUUCUUAUUGAAAUUUUAAUUGUUAGUAUUUUUCCAACACCGAAAGAUGUUCAAACAUCACUCGUACAAAAUAAUCGUAUUAAAGAUGCACAAAUUACAUUAUUACCAUCAAUCUAUAAUCCACAUAGUAUUGUUAUUUAUACAAAUAAUAAUAGAUCGAAUACUCGAAUACAUUUAAUUGAUUAUAUUCAAAAUACAAAUGCCAAUAUUGAUGAAAUUUCUACAGAUACUGUACUUAAUUAUGUAUAUGAUAGAUGUUUAACAAAUGAAGAUUUUUUUGUUAAUAAAUAUCAAAUGGCUUUUGCUGUAUAUGAUAAUUUAACAUCUUCGAUAUCUUCUUUAAUAUUUAAAAGUUAUUUUUCAACAGUAAAUUAUCAUGCUAUGGCAACAAGUCUUAGUGUUAGUUCAACCAAUCUUUUUCAAUAUUACACUAAUUCAUCAACAAAAAAAAUUCUAACAAUAAAUCAACCAAUAUUAACAGCAACAGCAACAACAUCAUCUACAAUUUUACAACGAUUUUUUGAAAUUAUGUAUUGUUUUGAUACAUUACCAUUAUCAUUAUUUAAUUUUUUAAAUAGUAUUCUUGCAGCUUUAUUUAUUAGUAUUCUUAUUGUACCAUUAAUACAAGAACGUAUUAAUCAUUCGAAAGAUUUACAAUUAUUAACAAAUUUAACAAAAAGAACUUAUUGGUUUUCAAAUACAAUUUUUGAUUUAUUAUCAUGUUUUAUACUUUGUAUUCUAUUAACAAUUAUUAUUCGGAUCGGUUCUAUUGGUAAUCCAAAUAUAGAAUCUGAAGUUCAUAUUUAUAUAAAUACAGAACAAAUAGGAUAUUUUUUUUUAAUGAUAAUUAUGUAUUCAUUGGCUUCAUUACCAUUAAUAUAUGUUUAUUCAUUUAGUCCAAAAUCUGAAUUGAUUGGUUUUAUUAAUAUAUUUGUUAUAAAUAUCGUUGUUUGUUUUUUUGAUAUGGUACUAACUUUUAUGGCAGUAUUUUCACAAGGUCAAGCAACAACUAUAACUCGUGUUUCAAGAUUAACUUCUAUUGUGAAUAAUAUUCGUUGGUUUAUUGCAAUUCUUUUUCCUUGUGUUAAUUUCAAACGUUCAUUAUUUAAUAUACGUUUAAAAUCAAGUCAAGAAUGUAUUUCAUCACUCAAUUCACUUAUGUUAACAAAUUAUUCAUUUAAUGAAUCAUGGAUAUCAACUCAUGAACCAGGUGUUGGUAUUCAAUUUAUUAUUUUUAUUAUUCAAAUGAUUUUUUGGUGGAUUAUUUUAAUUUUAAUUGAAAAAAGAACUAAUAUUAAAUCUGAAUGUCGACGAUGUUGUGGUUGUGAAAAUGAUUUAGAACGAAUAGAUAAUGAAAAUCCAAUGGAUAAUGCUGAAGAUGCAAUACCAAAACAAUGGGAUGAUACGCAUCUUGAUGAAGAUGUACGAAAUGAACGUCGAUUAUUAUUCGGAGAAAAUCAUUUAUCAACAUCAUCUGUUAUUCUUGUUCGUGAUAUUGUAAAACGUUUUAAAAAAAGAAAAGAAAAAUCAAUUCAUCGUAGAAUUUAUACAGCUGUUGAUCAUCUGAAUUUUUAUGUUACAAAACGAUCUUGUUUUGGUUUAUUAGGAGUAAAUGGUGCUGGUAAAACAACAACAUUUCGUAUGUUAAUCAAUGAUUUGAAACCUACAUCGGGUAAAAUAAUUAUCAAUGGAAAAGAUAUAAAUAAGAUGCAACGAGAUCUUGAAAUUGGUUUUUGUCCACAAUUUGAUUGGUUGAUAAAUAAUCUUACUGUAAUUGAAACAUUACUUUUAUUUGCUAGAUUAAAAGGUUUAAAAUGGUCAGAAACAUCUCAAAUAUGUUGUGAUAUGAUUGAAGUAUUUGGUCUUGAAAUCUAUCAAACGAAAAAAAUACAAAAUUUAAGUGGUGGAAAUAAACGAAAAGUAAGUGCAGCAUUAGCAUUUAUGGCUAAUCCCGCAUUAGUAUUCUUGGAUGAACCAACAACUGGUUUAGAUGCAGCUGCUAAACGAAAAUUAUGGGGUGUUAUUCGUGCAGCUCGAGAUGCUGGUCUUACUAUUAUUUUAACAAGUCAUAGUAUGGAAGAAUGUGAAGCAUUAUGUACAAAAAUAGGUAUAAUGAAAUUAGGACAAUUUAUGUGUCUUGGAAAUUUACAACGAUUAAAAAAUCGUUUUGGACAUGGUUAUGCUGUACAAGUAAAAUUACCACUUCAAGAUAUAAAUAUGUUUAAAGAAGAAUUAAUGUUAACUCUACCAGGUGUUCAAAUUGAUGAACAACAUAAUGGAAUUUUAUUUUGUACUGUACCAUUUUCUUCAAUUAGUCGUUCAUCAAAUUUUACAAAUACAUAUUCAUUAAAAUUAGCACAUGUAUUUGAUUUAUUUAAUAAGAAAAAAGAAGAAAAAUCUAUUGAAAGUUAUUCAAUAACACAAACAACACUCGAACAAAUAUUUGUUCAUCUUGCUGGAGAAGAUCAAUAUAUAAAUACGGAUGAAAAUAAAAAUAAAUAA